GGCAAGUAUCAAGUCCAUAUAAACUAGUUCUAAACAUCAUUAAAAAAAAGUAACAUUACUACUAAUGAGUGCAAAUAAAUACAUUUAUAAGACAAAUAAUUUUUUAAAAUAACUCAGUUUGUCUUUGACAAAAGAGUACAAAUCUAAAACCACAAUAAACUUGUCCUCCACGUGCCUGUUAUCUCCACCCCCUUCAGUCUUUACUGGUCUGUCUUGUCUUUAGUCCUCCAUUUCUCCUGCACCUUGGAUUCUUCUCUUUUCUCCCUAAGACGCUGCCGUUUUACCUUUUCUUCUCCCAACGUUCUUCUUCUUUUAUCCUCUGCUCUUCACUUUUUCCAUCCUCAAAAACACUCAGCUGACAGCUCACUCUCUCAAAAACAAGCCCCAAAAAUGGCUAAUGAAAAUGAAACUCUUCCUUCAACACAACAACUCACAGAAUCUGAACCAAACCCAGAAGAAUCUAAGCUACCCGAGAAGGAAUCUCCGGUGGUGGAAGAGGAAUCUUCAGUAAAGGAUGGAACUUUAGCAGAAUUGGAAACAAACCCACCUUCUAAAAAUGAAGAAGAAACCUCAGAAAAAAUCUCUGAAUCUGAGACUUUGAAGGUUAAAGAAAAAGGUUCAGCCUUUAUUCAAUCUGCUGUAUCUUUCAAAGUAGAAAGUAACUUACUUUCUGAUCUUUCUGAAUCAGAGAAGAAAUCCCUUGAAGAUUUCAAGACCCUUCUCAAAGAAUCAGUUUCUAACAAAACCCUUGUGCCAAAAUCAUCUGAACAACCUUCAUCAUCAAAAUCUGAGGUUACUACUAUUGAAUCUGCAUUAAAGGAGGAAAACCCAGGUGAAGAAUUUGAUGGGGUUUCAAUUUGGGGUGUACCUUUGUUUAAAGAUGAAAGAACUGAUGUGAUUUUGUUGAAGUUUUUAAGGGCUAGAGAUUUUAGGGUAAAUGAUGCAUUUUUAAUGCUGAAAAAUACCCUAAAAUGGAGGUCUGAAUUUGGGAUUGAUAAAUUAGUGGAAGAAGAUUUAGGGGAUGAUUUGGAGAAAGUGGUGUUUAUGCAUGGACAUGAUAGGGAUGGGCAUCCUGUUUGUUAUAAUGUUUAUGGGGAGUUUCAAAAUAGGGAUUUGUAUGCUAAAACUUUCUCUACUGAGGAGAAAAGAGAAAAGUUUUUAAGGUGGAGGAUUCAGUUUUUAGAGAAGAGUAUUAGGAAACUUGAUUUUAGUCCUGCUGGUAUUAAUACUAUUUUUCAGGUUAAUGAUUUAAAGAAUGCUCCUGGUCCUGGUAAAAGAGAGCUUAGAUUAGCUACUAGACAAGCUCUUCAUUUGCUUCAAGAUAAUUAUCCUGAAUUUGUUGCCAAACAGGUGUUCAUUAAUGUGCCAUGGUGGUAUGUGGCCUUUUACACCAUGAUGAGCCCAUUUAUGACCCAGAGGACAAAGAGCAAAUUUGUAUUUGCCGGACCCUCAAAGACGGCUGAAACUCUAUUCAAGUAUGUUUCUCCUGAGCAAGUUCCCAUUCAAUAUGGCGGAUUGAGCGUUGAUUAUUGUGAUUGUGAUCCGGAUUUCACCGUAGAAGAUCUCGUAACAGCACUAAACCUCAAAACUGCUACUAAACAAUUUGUUGAAAUUAUAUGUAACGAGAAAUGUGUGAUUGUUUGGGAGCUUCGAGUCGUGGGAUGGGACGUGACUUAUAGUGCUGAAUUUGUGCCUAACCAAGAUGGAUACACCGUGAUUAUACAAAAGGCAACCAAGAUGACCGCGAGUGACGAUCCUGUGAUUUCCGGAAGCUUCAAAGUCAGUGAAGUUGGUAAGAUUGUCCUCACAGUCGACAACCCGACUUUCAAAAGAAAGAAACUCCUCUACAGGUACAAGGUGCUACCUUUCUCUGAUUAAUCGUCUUUUUCAAGAUCAAUAAUGGAUUAUGCCGGGCAAUCUUAUUAUCGACAUUGUUGCGACUUGUGAAUGUGAGCUGAUUCAACUUGUUCAAUACGUAGAUGGAUUUCAGAAAAAAUUUCGUUAAGUGAAAAAUCUUCGUUUGAUAUAUUUUUGUCUUUUUUCGUAUAUUCUGAAACCUGUGGCCCAUUUUCUUUCGUUUUGGAGCUUAAGGCUAGGUUUAGUUGAUGGACAGCUCGAAUGUUUUUUGUUUUGGUUUGUUGAUGAAAAUCGAACCCAAGAGUGUGUGUUGAUUAUAGUGUAAAUGACUGUAAAAACGAUGUAUAACCUUGCUGUUUUUGAUUUGUUUACUUCCAAGUUUUUUCGGA